UUUCUUUUUUUCAUUGUUUCCCUCUUUUUUUUUAAACUCAUUUGCACGCGAGCCUUAGACACUGUGAACGUGUAUGGCGCACUGGAUCCAAAUGGGAGUUGGUAGUUUGCGUGGCAUCUUUCAAGGCAGCCGGGAGACCCCCAGUAAGAGGAAAGACUGAGGCAUUUGCCUUUUUUUGUUGUUGUUUUUGUUACUGCUGUUACUUCGGAGGUAGCUUGGAUCGUGUCUCGCAGGAGAAUUUCCUAUGUAAGAGUGGCAUACAUGACUCAGUAGAUCUUCUUGCAGCUCUCGCCAAGUGCAUCGUUGACGCUUCGUAUGUGAUUUUUAUUUUUCUUCCAAUUAUUCUUUUAAAUCCAUCCUCCCGGCUGUUGGGAUACUCACGCCCCUCUGUUGCCGCUCAGGUGCGGGGAAGCCGCACAGCGGAGUUGGCGAGGCUCCGGGGAGGUACUCGGUGCCGCCUGCGACCAUGGCAGCGCGGAGGCGAGACGCCUCCGCCUGGAAGUACUUUUGGGGAGUCGUGAUGGUUUUAUGCAGAACUGCGCUGGCGAGAUCCAUCGUUUUAGACCCCAUAUAUUGGAAUUCUUCCAAUCCCAAAUUCCUUCCUGGACAAGGAUUGGUACUAUAUCCACAGAUAGGAGACAAACUGGAUAUUAUAUGCCCAAAGGUGGACUCUAAAACUGUUGGUCAGUAUGAAUAUUAUAAAGUCUAUAUGGUUGAUAAAGACCAAGCAGAUAGCUGUGCUAUUAAAAAGGACAAUACACCUCUACUCAACUGUGCCAAGCCAGAUCAAGAUGUUAAGUUUACUAUCAAGUUUCAAGAGUUUAGUCCUAAUCUCUGGGGACUGGAAUUUCAGAAGAACAAAGAUUAUUACGUCAUAUCAACAUCAAAUGGGUCUUUGGAGGGCCUGGAUAACCAGGAGGGAGGGGUGUGCCAGACAAAAACCAUGAAGAUCCUCAUGAAAGUUGGACAAGAUCCGAACUCGGCAGGGCUACCCCGGCACACGGAUCCCACCAAGCGCCCUGAGCAAGAAGCAGGCACCAAUGGGAAGAGUUCCACCACCAGCCCCUUUGUAAAGGACCACUCAGGAUCUAGCACAGAUGGCAGUAAGGCUGGGCAUUCCAGUAUACUGGGUUCAGAGGUGGCCUUAUUUGCAGGGAUUGCAUCAGGGUGCAUCAUUUUCAUCGUCAUCAUCAUCACUUUGGUGGUUCUUUUGUUGAAGUACCGGAGAAGACACAGGAAGCAUUCCCCGCAACACACAACAACUCUCUCACUUAGUACAUUAGCCACCCCAAAACGCAGUGGCAACAACAAUGGUUCUGAGCCCAGUGACAUUAUCAUUCCUCUAAGGACUGCAGACAGUGUCUUUUGCCCUCACUAUGAAAAGGUCAGCGGCGACUAUGGACAUCCAGUGUACAUAGUUCAAGAGAUGCCUCCUCAGAGUCCAGCAAACAUUUAUUACAAGGUCUGAGAAACACACAACCAACUCUGUGGUACAUUUGAUUCAUAGAGGAAACUCACUGGUCAAAUGCUUUCUGUUGGGGUUUGUGAUGAUGCCUUGUGUGCUAGCAUUGACUCAAGCACAGGGGGGAGAAGGUGACAGCUCUUUAUCCAGGAGCCGACGCAAGCUGGACAGCUUACCUAGUCUGUAGAAUUCCUAUCUUGGUGAAUAAGUAUUCACUAAAAGCUGGAAGACUUUUACGUAGAAGAUGCCCAUUCUGAUUGCUGUACUCUUGUUACAUUCAUCAUCCUCAAAGCCAUGUGCUGCGGGUGUUCAGGCAUGUACAAAAACCAAGGGAAGAUGGAGUGAUCUGUGGAUGUUUAAUAGCUCUAGGCAUCCUGAGAAGGUGUUCUAGGAUAUACCAACCUUGAAAUGCAAUCUUCUGACUUUUUGUGUGUCUCAGUGCAUACUGGAUUUGUCACACAGACCUUAGUGUCUAAGUAAGACUGGUUAAAGUUCUCUUGCUUUUAGUCCAUCACUGUUCCAUUUUUUUCUGUAAUCCAGGGAUCUGCCAUCCUUCACAUAAUAUUUCCUUUCACUCCACCUCCUGAAUCACUAAUGAAACAUUAAUGUUUGGAGAUGUGUGCUCCAUCCAUCUGCUACACAGCCUCACUUGAAUGGGCUAAUGCAUUUAUAGAAAUCGUGUUUGAUAGUAAGGAGCCUUCCAGCCAGCAAGUUAGGCCGUCAACAAAGUCAAGAGCAGGACUGGGUGGUGGAGGGAAGGGCUCACUGCAGUUGCAGUUGAAUACUGAUGCCUCAAAAAUAGAAGCUGGAAAGAAAAAAAAGAAAACAAAACCAUUUAGGUAGUACAGCACUUUGGUAUGCUAAGUUUUAAGAGGCAAGUAGGAGACAAUAGCAUACACAGUGGAUUAGGGCUGCAUUUGAAGGAUUUUGUGGUAACCAAAUACCAGUGUGCAGAAAACAAUAGUACCUUCAAUAAAGUAGAACAAAGGGUUAUUGUUAGUAAGUGAACAAGCUUAGAGAGGACAAGACAAUAGCAGGCCGCUGAGAAUAUAUUAGGGCAGGGCUGUUGUGGUACUGGCAAUAAAAUAUACAGCUUUGAAGCUGUAGUGGAAACGUAGUCUGCUUCGGAUGACUUUUAAGCAGGCUCAGCUGCUAUACUAUCACAUUAUACUAAACACAGGGAGAGCAUUUAAUAAAAUAUCAGAGAGCCAAAUCUGGCCAAGAUGAUUAUAAGCCAAUGGGUCAAAUGAGCUGUUGCUGGUUCUGUGACUGGUAAAAUUGUGAAAACAAGAAACCAAACCUUUCUCAUCUCUAAAAGUUAAGACAGAAUUUCUGUCUGAUCAAGUCUUUUGACAGUUUGGUUCGUUGUAGUGCUGUCCCUGCACAGUGAGUAUAGGUACUGUGACUGACACAGCCGUUCAUUGGUGCUCUGUUGCAAAGUUAAAGCACAUAUGGCAAACCUCUUGCAGUCUGUAAGAAUUAAAUAAAUUAUGACACUGAGAUGGAGAAGGAAGAUAUGUCUUAUUUAUAGUAGGUGUAUAGAACACAAGGGAUAUAAAGUGAGAGUAUUUUGUUCAUUCUUCU